CGAGGGUGGUGCCGGCAGAGUGCAUCACAUACUUGACGCCGGAUUUCUCGAUCAGACGCUGGACGUCGGCGAUUUGGGCGGAGACGGAGGGGGAGGCGGUUCCAAUCUAUUGCUUUGAAUGUCACAGGAGGAAUUGAGUUAGUCGCGGCUUUCUGGCGGGAUUUGCUGGGAUUGGAUCCUUAUAACACUCGGCGGGCUGGGGAGGGUUGCAUCGUAUAGACGGGGAGAGCUUAUCAUGACUUCAGGCCGGAGAGGGCCGGAGUCGAGCAGUCCGGAGGAACGAGGGACGAUCAAGCCAUUCAUGGCAGCCAGGACCUACCGGAAUCAAGCAGAAGUCGGCGGUGCAAUGGGCGGGAGUCGGGAUUGAGGCGAUGUCUGCAGAGGCCAUGAUGAUUGACGAGACUGGAAUGGGGCAAGAGUGUAGAGUGGAAUCGCUCCCAAUGGGAGCUCAGCUUGUCUAUCUGGCAGAAGGUGGUGCCAACGUCAUCUACAGAAUCGUGUCGAUCAAGUCCUCGGCCCAUGGGUCCAAAAAUGGCUCUUACAGUGUCCCCGCCGAAUUCAAAGGGAAGCUACUUCGACUUCGCAAGGAUACAUCGUCGGGGAUCGCAUAUCAGGAAAUCGCGCGGAAUUUCGACCGAACCAUUCGUCCUUUGUUUAAUCCGGAGGAACUAGUGGACCAGGAGCUGGUGAAACUCCCAAAAGGGCUUGUCCAACAAUGCAAUGAACAGUUGCAUGCCGCCGAGCUGAACGGCCGGCGUCCAAAACGACGUCACGGCGUCUAUCUAUCCGUCACGGAGCCAUUCGGACUACUGAUCACGGACAUGACGGUAUUUGAAAAUCCGGGAAUGAUCCUUGCGGAGCUCAAACCGAAAUGGCUUCUUCAAUCCCCUUCGGCACCGGCAACUGGUCGCCGAUGUCGCACCUGCGCUCUGCGCGAAAUGAAGAAUCACGAAGCUCGCCGGGCCGGUAAAUCCGAGGAUCGGUCGUUCUGUCCGCUGGAUCUUGUCUCGGAGCGAUUCGAAAAUGUUCUCCGCGCCACCAAAUACGUCAAAGGAUGUAAGGACCAGAUGCGGCUGGCCACGGUGCUUUAUCGAAAUCCCACGCUACAGAAGCUGUUGAGUCACCAGAAGGCGACUCGAGAUGUAGGGCUCUAUGGACCGCCGGCGCAGUCUCGAGAGAAGUCAUUAGCCAUGACCUUGCGAGACUGCACGAUGUUCAUCAAGAUGCCACUCGAUGAUUUAGGAGCCGUUGAGAUCCGUCUCGGCGAUCUAGACCUCAAGACCGGAGCCGGCGGCAAGGCACAGUACUGGCAUGAUCUGGAGAAGCAGCUGAUCGACCAAGGCUGGUACAUGGGCUGCAAGGGCUGUAGUGCUACAAGUGAAUGUGCGCUGCACGUCCGGGGGUCGCAAUCAUCAAUAUGAGACCACUUCUUUCCUUUUUUUUCUUUCUCUCUCCCUCCUACUCUUAAUCUCUUAAUUAUUCACCAUAUACUCACCUUACUGGAUCGGGGUACACAGCACCCAUGCUAGAUCUGUACGACAGGUCUGUUUCUCACAUCAUGACGAAACGAUAGAUGGAUUUGUCCAGUUUUCUUGCUUCUUUGUGUUGAGUCUCGGGUUGAUUUUCUUUCAUUCCAUGGGUUGGUCUUUGGUUCGGGUGGGUCAUUGCAUUCGGUUUCUUAUUGCAUCUCGGUCUGGGUGGUUUUCGUGUUGUACAGUACCUACAUUUGGGAUUUGUGUCGCAAUUAUUAUUAUGGUUUAAUAUUGAAUUCUAUGUCAAUUUGGUGGGUCCGAAAGCAGAUCCC